GUGAUUUAGUGAUGACCGGAAAUAAACAUUGGAAAGUGCAACAUCGCGGGAAAGUCGGCUGCUGGAGAGGUUUUCUUGACGAAGUGGUAUUUCGAUGUCUCUGAUGCUCCAUUACCCAAGGUUCGGGCCGAUGCAUAUAUAAGAAAAAGGUUUCAAUACACGUCCGAAAAUAGAAAGUCUACGGGGAUUUUGCAUUGCAUCAGCCAUUAAUAAGCCCGGAUGAUAACGUUGAAAAUUGCAUGAGUGUGAUGUAAGUGGUGUCUGAGUGAUGACCAAUGUCUUAAAGCGAGCUGGUUUGCCCUCUGCUUUGGACAGUGGUGAUAGCAUAGACAGUAUGGAGGAAGAGGAGGCUCAGUCCAUAGUACUGACCCUGCAGCGGUCGCUGAAUGAGGAACUACUGAUGCUGACUCUCUACAGAAUCAAGGACAGUCUCAAUAAUGAUGAGCUAUUGAAAGGCUUGCUGAGCAGAAAUAUAGAGAAACACAUAACAAGGAUCCUAGAUGUAUAUUCAUCAAGCACUGAAAUUCAAAAGGUUGGCCUGAAGUUAAUGGAAAUUCUGAUGAAAUUGUCCCCAGACGUUUGCAAUGAGUUCCAGUGUUCCGACAUAGCAUACAGAGUCUUACUGAAGGCUUUAGAAAAUUUCUCAGGGGAUGAGGAACUCCAGGAAACAGGAUUACAAAUAUUUUGUCUUCUUUUAGAAUCAGAGAACUUGAGGAACAAUUUAUUAGUGGAUGACAUAUUUGAGACCGUGUUGGAUUGUUCCUUGGUGGCCAUGCAAAUGUACAACCACAAUACAGCCAUCCAGUGCUCCAGCUGUGCUGUGCUACGUUAUAUUCUCUUGGAGGAUGGCGAUAUAUUGGAUACAUUUGUUGAGGAGAGAUUGGAAUCAUUCAUAAAGAACCUGAAGGAAUUCUUAUCAGAAGCCUCAGUCCUACCAACCAUGUUUAAAGUUUUAGAAGUUGUCGCCAGAUCAGAAGGUCACCUCCAGUGCCUGAUGUCACAUGAUGUAGACAAAUUUGUGAUAGACGCAUUCCACAGUACCUCAGCAGACCUUCGCGUGAUAGAGGCAGCUUGUGAUCUGCUCAUGGAAUUGAAAAAAGAAAGUUCAGUACUGGAGACGCUGAGUUCCGUGAACUUCCUGUCCGGUACCCUUGUUCCGCUGAUGUCCUCUCACCCCUACAGUUCAUCAGUCGUAGCAGCAGGGGUGGAACUCUUCUGUCUUUUCUGUCAGAAUGAGUUUGCAGAUAGAACAGAAGAAGAGGAAUCCAGGCUGAGUAAGCAAUGGUGUGAGAUCUUAUUUAAUGCCAUGCGGAAACUGAUGAAUCACAAAAAAGUGCAGAUCUUGAGUUGUAAAGCAGUAGUGGAACUGUUGAAGGUUUGUCCAAAAGCACACAGUGAGAUAGGAGAAAACAUUAUCAACAAUAAACCACAGUCUCCUCUCCACUCUAUGUGUGUAGGAAACAUACUGAUGUAUAAAACUGACACUGAAGUCUUUGCCUGCGCCUGUGAAGCUUUGUACUGGCUAGCAGCAGAUAAUGAACGUAUUUGUGAGAACCUGAUGGAGAAGAACGCCCACAUUGUGGUACUGGACGGGAUUCGGCGCCAUUUUGUGUAUGGUCCCGUGGUUGAGUGCGGACUGCGAGGACUGAGGGCCAUGAUCAUAUUUCAACAUCAGGUGCAUGCUGGUUUGCUCUGUUGCAGUAAUGCCAAUAAGCGAAAGUUGAUUUUAGAGGAAAUUCAGGCAACUCUCACUAAAGCCUUUAUUCAGCAUGCUCACAUAGACAAUGUGGUGAUGGAGUGUGUCAGCACCAUUGCUUGCCUUGCAGAAGUCGAUAUUUUCUGUAAUCAGUGCCUGGUAGAGAGGCUCCAUGUCCGUAUCCUGGCGGCCCUUAACAAGUCUCUCAGUAAUGAGCUGAUGCAGGAGGCCGGCCUGGAGUGUCUGUGUGUGCUGUCUGCUGCAGACAAAGCUGCAGAAAUCCUCAACUCAGCAGGUGCCCUUGAUUAUGUGAUUAAAACAAUGGAAAAAUAUACGGAUAUUUUAUAUGUCCAAAGGAAAGGCUUGGUGCUGAUCCAGAUGUUGUGUGAGCCUUCUAUUCUUAACACCUUUGACCUUUGUUCUCGUCUCAUCAAGGUCAUAACCCAGACCAUGGAAAACUACCAAUCACAUGUGGGACUUCUCAAAGAGGCUUGUGUUGCUGUUCACCUGUUAUCUGAACUUGGCCAUGACCUUUGUGAUGAAUUUGUCAAGGUCAACUGCCACCAGCUGAUGUUCAAUAUUCUAGCCGACCACAUUGAUCAAGAUUUACUGGAUCUGGCUGGGGAGUGCCUGGUGAUCUUUGGUCUCAAUGAAACUGUGAAGGGGAACAUGCUACUGGCUGAGUGUAAAAGAGGAAACUUAGCAGGUGUGAUAUGUCUCCUGGAGAUGGAUGCCAAUGUAAACUUUGUGAACUCCACUGGGGAGACUCCACUGGCCUGGGCUGUAGAGAUUGGGAAUGAAUUCAUUGUUAGGAGACUCCUCAGUAAGGGUGUGAAUGACUUAAAAGAUGCUCUUGCAAAAAGUUUACAACAAAAGAAUGACAGAAUCACGGGACUGCUAUUGGGGGCUCUGUGCCACAAGAGAUCACAUUUCCACGUUCCAUGGGGAGGACUGGGACUGGGGACAUCGGACUUUAACACUGUGUGGCUAGAGGUAGCUCUGCCCCGAUCACUAACUGCUGACUGGUCACCGUCCACCAGGAGCAGUACCAGCUCUGUGUUCGAUGGGUCCUGGAAACACAUAACAAGUCAGGUGAAGGAGAGCGAGGAGAAGAGGAGGAAGCGGAAAGAGAACAUCUACCACCACUCCAUCAGUGACUCCAGUAUCGGCGCCAACAGGCACAAGUUCAGAUACAGCUUCAAGCAGAGCUAUGAGGAUCUCCCUGGAAUCAUCAACUCCGGGGCCCAAGAGUCUCCCCGCCGCCGCUCUAGUCCUGACGACGCCCCAAGAGGUCGUGACCUUCCAUAUAGGAGGAAACUGCUGUCUCCCAUAGGGAGUCCAGCCAGUAGCAUCACAGUAACGGACGAGUCACUCAAACCUGUGUUCUUCCUUAGUGAGACCGAUGAAAAUGAGGAGAAUUCCUGGAUGUUUGAGAGUUCCCAGACAGAAGUACAGGAGUGGAAGCAGAUGUCCCUUACUGGGGCCAAUCUCCCCUACAGUCAGAACGACCCCCGGGUCACCCCCACCCCCCAGAGCCGGCCCUUCUCAUUGCAAGGUACCAGUACUUCAGGGCCCUGGUCCAGAAAGAUGAGAAGCCCCUCCCCCUCCCUGACCAACCUUGACCUGACCAUAGAAGAUGUCUUUCUUCCUGCCAAAAGGCGCUCCCACACCAUGUACCAAUCCAGUGAUGGCGAGUCCAGCGACAUCGGAUAUUAUCCAUCGGCUGAUGAUCUGGAUAAUACGGCCGGAUCAGAUGAGUCCAGAAGAGAGAGUGAAUCAUAUGAUGCUGACCUGUUUGUGUCACUGGAUCUCUCGUCCAAUGGCAUUCAGUCACUGCAUCAUCUCUCGGACACCAAGAACCACCACCUGCGAUUCUUCUCCUCCGUAGAAAAACUUGCUCUUACUGAUAACCUCAUCACGACCAUCCCUGACAAGUUCUUUGAGUCGAUGGAGAACUUGCAUGUAGUAGACCUGAGGAGGAAUAAAUUGACACGGUUUCCUGUUGAGGUCUUGCUGUGUUGUCCAAAUCUGACCUCACUGGACCUGACACACAAUGAGAUGACUCACUGGGACUUGGAUUCUCACAUUGUCCACUCAAAGCUGACAGAACUCACUCUGAAUCAUAACUCUCUGUCUGCCAUUCCCUCUCAGAUUGGCCGGGCUCUCCCUCGUCUGGAGGUGCUGCAGAUGAACAGUAACAACCUAGAGAAUUUGAAUUCUUCGCUGGGUUUGGUUCAUCUAAGGAGACUGGAGUUAAAUCAUAACAAUUUAACAGAAAUCCCAGAGGAUUUCUUGACCGCCUGUACUAAACUAGAUGUAUUUGAGGCUGCCUUUAACAAGAUAGAGAAGCUUCCCACUGAGUCUGCUGCCCAGCAUCUACCCAGACUGGCUCGUCUGAAACUGAGGAACAACAACAUCACUGGAAACGACCUGCUGUCUCUGCCCAAGUUUAUCCUUGAUCUUCCUACGUUGAAGUUCAUAGAUCUGUGCAGUAAUAAGCUGACUGGUCUACCCAGUCCUCCAUCUUGGAAAUCUACCAUGUUGAAAGAAGUGCUGGUUUCCAGAAAUCAGAUUAAUAAGAUAAAUCUUGAGGGAGGAAAAAGCUGGAGCAAGUUAGAGUCUCUACAUCUUUCCAACAAUGGGCUGACUGAGCUCCCCGGGGACAUUGGCCUGCUGAGUUCUCUGACAUCCCUAGAUGUCAGCCACAAUCCCCUGACGACUCUCCCCGACGAACUCGGAAAGUGUCACAAGAUGUGGGAGUUUCCUCUGAGUGGCCUCAAUCUUGACCUUGACCCUGCUCUCCUGAAGGGCAAGGUGAAAGACCUGAUCAUAUACCUCCACCACCGCCUCAAGAGGGCGACGGAGUACUACAGAAUGAAGCUGAUGGUGAUUGGUUAUGGAGGCCGAGGGAAGACCACACUGCUGAAGGCCUUGAUGAAGAAGUACAAGACUUCCACCACAAACCAGGCCACUGUAGGGGUCAUAGUGCAGGACUGGAAGUAUGAGAGACGGCGAGAGAACAAGGGGACGGUGACCUACACCCUCAGUACCUGGGACUUUGCUGGUCAGGAGGAGUUCUACAGCACCCACCAGUGUUACAUGUCUAAUAGGGCCCUCUAUCUGGUUGUCUGCAACAUUAAAGGAGGGACCUCUGAGAUCGAUCGGCUGAAGCCCUGGCUGUGUAACAUACAGGCCCGGGCCCCGGGGUGUCCGGUUGUCGUGGUGAUGACCCACUUAGACAAGGUCCCUGAUGAUAAACAGGUGGAGCUGGUUACUGCUAUGACUGACCGCCUCAAUCAGAUCAUAAGUAAGGGAGGGUAUCCAGAGGUCAGACACUGUGUGCCCGUGAUAUGUACCAGAGAAAACGCCCUGAUAGAACAGCUGAGGGAGACCAUCAAGAAGGUCGUGGACGAGUACAAAGUCAGAGGACAAUACGUAAUGGGACAGAAGGUGCCAGCCAGUUAUGUGAAACUGGCUGACUUGCUGGCAGAAGCCAAGAAGACGGAGAGUUUCUUCCCAGUCAUUAAACACAACCAGCUGCUGAAGAUGGUCCAGGAGGCAGGACUGGAUCUAGACGAGGACGAGUUACACCAGGCGGUGAGAUUUCUACACGAGUGUGGAGUCCUCCUACACUACCCAGACAAGGCACUCAACUUGAGGGACCUCUACUUUAUAGACCCGGGCUGGCUGUGUAGGAUGAUGGCCCAAAUCGUCACGGUUCACCAGAUCAACCCAUUCAUCAAAAAUGGGAUCUUGAGAAAGAAAGAUGUGAACUUGCUUUUUACUGGAAAGAAGUUGGAAAACUUUGUAUUUCCAAAGGAUCUGAUUCCCCAGUAUCUACGGCUUCUGGAAAAAUUUGAAAUUGCUUUACCUCAUUCUGAACAAGAACUUCUGGUGCCUUGCCAUUUGCCUGAGAGGAAACCCAUGCUGAAUAUGCCAGUAUUAUCCAGAAAUGAAAAGAUAUGUCGUUACUAUGAGAUGACGUACGUUCCCUUGGGAAUGUGGUCUCGACUAAUCACAAGGCUGAUCGUGUUCUCCAAAAGUCAAGUCACCGAGGUGCUUGUAGGAAGACAUGAGCCAACCUUAACCUACUGGAACAAAGGAAUCUACAUGUUCUGGAGUCCGGAGACCUUCUGUCUAGUGGACUGCGAGGGCAUCUCUGAAAACAAGGAGGAAAUUGCCAUCACUGUUCCAAUUUCUGGACAAGGCAGCAUGAUCUUGGGGCUGGUGGUGGACCACAUUGACGGUCUGAUAGAGGAAUGGUACCCGGGACUGACCACAAUUGACCCGAUGCAGGGACAGGACCUGAUGAUGAAAUAUGUCCCCUGCUUCAUGUGUACAGAUGACAACCCUUUCCUCUUCAAAGUAGAGGACCUGUUACAGAUAUCUGAGACAAGUGUUGAUGCCGUGUGUGACCAGUGCAAGAACCUGGUGCCUCUCGCUCAGCUAGUACCAGAUAUUAUGAUGAGUGACCUCCCUUCUUCACUCCUUAUAGGAAGACUAGACAUUCAGGAAAGUGCUGACAACUUGUUAGGAGAUGGGGGCUUUGGUAAUGUCUACCAGAUGAACUACAUGGGACAGGAUGCAGCUGUCAAAAUAUUCUCCGCCAUCGGGGACAUCCAUCCACAUAAGAUGCUCCGACAAGAGGUCACCAUAUUGAGAAGUCUGCGUCACCCGAGUGUUGUGUCUCUGCUGGGGGUCUCUAUCCAACCCAGAGCCAUCGUGCUGGAGUUAGCUCCUCUUGGAUCCAUGGCAACCAUUCUGAAGAGAAAAUCGCCACUGGAUAGAAUGGCGCGACACAGAAUUGCUCUACAGGUGACAGAAGGCCUAUCUUACCUCCACAAGAUCUUGAUAGUUUACCGAGACAUGAAACCAGACAACGUCCUCAUCUAUAGUCUGUCACUGUCAGAGAUAGUAAAUGCUAAGAUUUCAGACUAUGGGAUUUCCCGGUUCUCCACACCUGACGGUUUGAUGGCCCAGGAGGGAACCCCUGCCUACCGUGCCCCUGAGGUCAUCCGGGGGGAGACUUAUUCAUUUAAGGCCGACGUCUUCUCUCUUGGUAUCACACUGUACGCCUUGGUUACUGGCGGCCGUCACCCCUUUGAUGACUAUGAUUUUAAAAGUGAAAUGGAUCGAGUCGUAGCUGAGGGACAUCUGCCGCCGCCCAUCACACACAAGGGUUGUGCCCCUUGGCCUGACAUGCAGAAGAUCCUGGCUAGCUGUAUGCACCAAUCCCCUGACAGACGGCCAACUUCAAGCCAAGUCUGGGAGCAGCUGAAGAAUCCAGAGAUUCUGGGGUUGAAGAGAAUCAUUCCUAUAUCUAAGGGCACCACGGUGGAGUGCUUCACCAUCCAGGAGCAGGAGGGGGGUCGACUUUAUCUGUGGGUGGCCAGUGGGGACUGUGACUACGUACAGCUCUCACGCCUCGACCUGAAGGACAGCAAGCCGGAGGUCAAGGGGGCCAUGUUUCGCUAUGGGCGGAUCCUGGCCCUGCUGCCCAUCAGUCAGGGCUUUCUAUUGGUCGGUACACAGAUGUGUAAGGUGUGGCUGUACGACACGGUCAGACAGGAGUUCCUCCACUGUACCUCACUGCUGCCUGACGCUGUACUCUGUAUGCUUAAUGUCAGCAUACCCAGGAAGGACAAUCUGAUAUUUGUAGGCCUUGCCAAUGGCACACUGGCAGUUUUCCCACAAUCUGAUUUACUUUAUGAACCCAAUGCCACCCCCAUGUACUUGUCUCCAGGGAAGAAGCAUGAGGCAGUGCGGUGCCUGGAGGCCCACCCCCGGACCAGGCGGGUCUACAGCUCCUGUGGCUCCAAGAUCGUGGUGCUGAGUGUCCGUAAAGGAAUAGCCCUGGAGAAGAUCCUGGAAACCAGGAAAGAAGGUCCCCGAUCAGUGCCGAUCUAUGGUCUGUGUGUCAGCAACAAGUCCCAGGUGUUUGUCUGUCACAAAGGUCAACCUGUCAUCCAGGUGUGGGACAUCACCAAGGAAAUGCUCAAGGCCCAGAUUGAUGUCUCCUCACUGGUCGGACUGAAGUCCACACAGUGUAGGCUUACUGCCCUUUAUCUUCAAGAAAACCACGGAAUUGCAGCAAUGAAUCAUGGGAUAUUAUGGGCAGGAACAGGAGAUGGUAGAAUUGUUUUGAUUGACAGCAAGUCUGGAACAACCAUCGCCUCAACUCACAGAUACUGUGGACCGAUCCGAGCACUCAAAUCUAGCGCAUGUAAAAAAAAUAAACAUUCGAGAGGCAACUUCUGUGGUGUGCUUAGUGGAGGUUUUGGUUACUAUAACAGCCAAGAACACUUUGACAAGAAAGACAGAGACGACGAUUUAGGCUGUGUUCUGUUGUGGGACCAACACUUUGCGAGGAUUGCUAAAGAACUUCAGACCAGCGUACAAAGAAGGGCUGCUUUUGUGAAGGCUUUCCAAGAGGGAAAACUGAGCAAGUCUCUGGAGCCCAUUCAUCUGAACUCGGGACUAAGGCAUGGUGAGAGCGAAGAAUCCUUGCAGAAUUUUGAACAAUGUACACAGGAAGUGUCUGAAGAGGAGAGCCCAGAAAAUCCUCAAUGUCAAAAUGAGGCAGAGCAAUCCCUGCAAGAAAAUGAAAUGUUUGAUUCACUUUGAAAGAGAGUACAUGUAUUGUUAGGCCUUGUUUGGACAGCAUGUUUCCUCUGUCUUAGGCAUGUCUUCAAACCAAUGUUUCAUAUGAAUUUUCAGAACAGUUAAACAGCAUUUUCUGUGUAAGUUCACAUACAGUACUUCUGUUAAUUAUAUAUACAUGUACAUGUAACAGUUGUAAGUUAAACAAUGUAUUCCUAUGUAAAGACUAUUCAUUGCCGUAUGAGAUUAUUAAUAAUAUUCGUCAUGGAUUAUUAACCAUUUGCAUGCAUGUUGUAUGUGAUGAUAAAGUGACAUAGUGAAAAUUUAAAUUUUAGAAAGUUGUGAUAUACCAAAAUCAAUUAUCGUGAAACUGGAUGAAAAAAAAAUAUCAGAGUACCGGUAUACUCUUGAAUAAUACUAUUCAUAUAUUCAGAAUAUUAUACUAGAAUAAUAGGUAAGACAUUCUCAAAGGACUAUACACUGCAGCAGCAUGACAUUUCUCUGUCAUUUUUACCAGCGUUUUGUUUGCAUAUCUCUGUGGUCUUCAAUUUACAUCUUUCCAUACUUUAAUCAACAACUUAAUUUGCCAAUUACCAGAGAUAAACUGGCUGCAGGGAUUAUUUUUUUCAACCAAGAUGUAGAUUAUAUGGAAAAUUAAAUGAACAAUUGUAGGGGUCAUUUGAGGACUGG